UGGUCUCACUUUUUACCGAGUGACCGGUUGGUUGAAGGGCAGUGUGUCAUGUAUCAUGUAAUUGCAGGGAGGCAACAGAUAAGGCAUACAUGUAAUCUGAUUUCAUCAACCUGCGUGGGUUCAGUUUCUGCACAACAACUGAACCCGACGGUGACUGAUUGGGACUGAGGCAUUGUUUACUCUGUUUGUGAGACACUCGCAUGAACGCGCUAAAGGUGUUGCGGAGCUGGCGGAACCUCUAUGGGGAAAUAUUUAUUUUCAUCUACGACGCAGCCAGGGAAGUUCAUUGAAGAAAACGCUCAACUAUACAACAGUUUGCCACACUGCUGGACAAAGGCACUAACUUCUGCUGGUCUUGCUUGUGUUUACACACACUGUGGGACUGACUGUGCAACCCUCCUGUCCACCCAUCACAAGAUGCAUAUGAAUAGCUUACUGAAUCGUUGGAACGAGCUGCCUUGGAUGAGGUGUGAGGUGGAGGUGACCCCUGAACCCAGCAGCCCCACACUGCUCGGAGAGGCAGCAGACACCUACUGCCAGGUGGACCGAUGGCAAAAGCUACGCACCGCCGUCCGCAAGCUGGAAUUCUGGGAAGACUUCAGUGCCGAGCUGAUUGGGAGUGGCUUCUUCUCCAAGGUGUACAAGGUGUCACACUGUACCACAAGAAAAGUGAUGGUGGUCAAGAUCUAUAAGAACGACGUGGACCAGGACAGCAUCGUACGAGAGAUCAGUCUACUGCGGAAGCUCUCGCACCCCAACAUUGUCCGGUAUCUUGGGAUCUGCGUGCGGGAGGAUAAGCUGUAUCCAAUCUUGGAGUAUGUGAGUGGGGGCUGUCUGGAGGAUCUCUUGGCCCAGGAGGACGUGUCUCUGUGUUGGAGGGAGAAGGUGGACCUGGCAUGUGACAUCAGCAGAGGCAUGACCUACCUGCACUACAAGAACAUCUACCACAGAGACCUCAACUCCAAGAACUGUCUGAUCCGGGAGACGUAUCGGGGCAGGGAGGCGGUGGUGACAGACUUUGGUCUGGCCAGAGAGGUGAUGGUGGAACUGCCAGUCAACGACCCCGAGAGGAAGAUGUCUCUGGUGGGAUCUGCCUUCUGGAUGGCCCCCGAGAUGCUCCGAGGGGACCCCUAUGACCGCAAGGUGGACGUCUUCUCUUUUGGGAUCAUGCUGUGUGAGAUUCUGGGCCGGAUCCCAGCAGAUCCUGAGAUCCUUCCCAGAACACGGGACUAUGGUCUUGACAUGGAGGCCUUCAGUAAGAUGGUGCAGGGCUGUCCACGACACAUCCUGGAGCUGUCAGCCAACUGCUGUCUGGUCAGUGUGGACUGGAGGGGAGGGGACCGACCAAAUUAUUUUAGAUGGAUGCGUUGCGGAGACCCUCCUUCUCAGAGCUGCUGGACGAAUUGGAGGACAUCGCUGAGAGCCUGGAACCCCCCGACUCAGACCUGACCACGGGGUGAGGGUGUGGGGUCACCGUGUACCCCCAAACCACUCCAGGAUCAUGUGGACUGCAGCAGGCAGCCACUCCAAAGUCUUAUACACCAGAGGCACUUUAUACUUCAGGACCGCUUCAGGACCGCUUUACAGUAACACAUGCAGGGCUCCCAUUGCAGCUCUCCCUGCUGACUCUGUGUGACUCUCUGAAACAGAACCGGAUGCCCCCCCAAUAAUGAUAUUAUUGUAUUUUCCACUUGAAGUUAAGGAUGUAGAAGCCUUUGAUUGUAAAUAGUGCAUAAGGAUUUGUCCACUCUCUCUCUUCUCUUUCAAAGCUUCCUCCUAUCAUCAUUGAACAGGGACUGCUCCUCCUCUCGUUCCUCAGCCACGUGGCGACACACGCAAAAUGAAAUUCCCCUCUCUGUCCAAACGUCUGAAUGAUGUCAUUUGGCAGUGAGGUAAUGGCCGCUGGUGGACUGCAGCAGGGGAGCUGAUGGGACAGGAGACGAGUUACGAUCACAUUGAGUCAGGAUUACAGGAGUCAGGAUGACUUUGCACUAGAACUGACUGUUACAGUAUGUGGCUGAAGUCAAUAGGAUGGCUGAAUUGUGCCAUUGUGUGGGUGAGGACCAAACUACACUCUUUCUUUCGCUCAUCCUUUCUCGUUUGUAAUGUCACAUAUUUUCUGUUGUUGAUGAACAGAGCUGGCAGGUGUUAGGUAAGGGUUGGUGUACAGUGGUGUACAGUACUGGCGUUAAGUAGGCAGAGGAAAGAGCACUAUCCCUCCCUCUCAGGAUGUGAAUGCAAUAAUACUAAACUCAAUGAAACACUAACCUCAGCAAGACUUUAACUGCAGUUGUGUAUCAGUUUAUAUGAAAUGCCUUUAUGUCUCGUCAAGCUUGUACAAUAACGAUUUUGCUUCACCCUUUUUAUGGGGAUACAUUUUGUUUUCCACAUCAAAUCCAUACAAUACUCCGUUUAUAUUUUGUGAUUUUAGUUGCUAUGGGAAACUAGGAUCUUGCUUACUUGUCACAAAUUUGAAGCAUUGUAAUAAAAUGCAUGAAUUGA